UCUUUUCCAGAGUGCCAUGUUACACGGGAUGGAACUAUACCCCAACAGGAAACUCACACACAGUGGAAAGCCAAAACAAGUGGCCAUCAGAGUGAGCUGAGGAGGUAGAGAAAGAGAAGGACGAGGCACCUCCUCAUGUACAGAAAGCCGUUGGUAUUCAGCUGAUGCUUUCUGGAGCUUAUCCUGAGGAUGGCACUUCAAACAGCCCCACUGCAGUGAACCAGGAUACCUUCAUUAGCCUGCUCUGGACUCACCCACCACUAGAACUGAAUCACCUGACACACCAAUGCAAUUCAACACUAUAAAUGUCUGGGCCUUUCAUCACAGCACUUUAAAGAAAAAAUUGCCAUUCUCUUGAUAAGAGAAUGGGCAAGGCAAAAUCUGAAAAUGAAAAGGUAACACUGCAGGAAACCAAAACACAGCCCAUAUAAAGAGAAGGGAUAGCCUGCAUUCAGGGUUAGCUUGUCAUAAAAUUAUGCCGUAUAUCAACAGUGCCUCCAGGCCUGUAUCAGUGAAGGACUAGUACAAAAGGCAGCUGAGUUCCUUGCUCUCCCAUCUGCUUCUCUUGCCUUCUUCUCACUGGGAACGAGAUACGUGUGAAGCCCUCUCUCCUCCUCUUGCAAAGUCAGCUUUUGUCUCAAUAGAAAUUUUGUCAGGUAGUGGAGGUCUGUGGUACGGGAGAUCGUGGAAGGGAUAAGGUCUGCACAAAGAGUGCUGGGGGCAACUUGCAUGGCUUUUGAUUGAUGCACUCGAAGAGAGUCUCCCUGGGCCAGGCUGCUCAUUGUAGAAUCCUGGCAUAACGAAGUGAUGUGAGCUCUUGUCACAGCUUUCUCCUCCAUCCUUAGUAGUUGCCUUGGCUCCUGUGUGAGAGGCUAUCCAGGCUGUCCUUCAUACAUCCUUGUGCUCUACUUCCUUUUAUUCCUCUCUCCUAGGUGUAUCACCAGCCUCAAGACAUGUCCUGCUACAGCCAGUGUGUACCAUGCCGGCCCCGUGGCCCCACCCCUCUGGCCAGCAGCUGCAAUGAGCCCUGUAUCAGGCAGUGCCAGAACUCCACCAUCGUCAUCGAACCCUCUCCCGUGGUGGUGACCCUGCCCGGACCCAUCCUCAGCUCCUUCCCACAGAACACCGCCGUGGGAUCGUCCACCUCCGCUGCUGUUGGCAGCAUCCUCAGCUCUGAGGGUGUGCCCAUCACUUCGGGGGGCUUUGACUUGUCCGGUUUCGGCAGUAGCCACCGUGGCAGAAGGUGCCCGCCCUGCUAAAGCCGCUGGCCUUGGUCCUGGAGAAAUUCGUCCAGAAAUCACGAACAUGGUGCUGACUCAAGAAGGAAUCUUCAAGCUACUGCUUUCAGAACAGCUGACCGUCCUUUGUUGCUCUAGGAAAUGCUGGCUGGAAUGGGCAAGCCUGGGCUCUCAGUCAAUCUGGCUCACGUCUCUGCUUCUGUUCCUCUACCCACCUACCUACUUCUUUCACCAGUUUUUCUUUUAUUAUUUUUUUCCCUGUGCUCCUCUGAGAUGUGAGGUUCCUCAGGACCUUCCAUUGAUGGAAAAUAAGGGAUAUGUCUUACAUGAACUCAAUGUUUGAACUCAAACAUGACAUCAGGCAAAUCAUGCACUGCGGAGCCUCUGCUCAGUACGACCUUGUUUUCCUCUGUAAACAUUCACUAAAGAUUUCUGCAUCUCACUUAAGCUUUUGAUGUUAAUUCCAUUGAUAUUUGGCCUCCAGAGCUGCCCAGGGAGAAUGGUGUUGCUUUUGGCGGAUAUGAGUGCUUGAGGAGACCCUUCUACAUUUCCAGAAGAAGGAGAGGUUGUGACACGCUGCAGAGGCUCCUCUCUUGGGCACUAUACCUUGCAGCCGAAGAAGAUACCCCUGCCUAUUGAAGAGCAAGUGGUAAUCAGCCUUUCACUUACAGUACAGUACUGGGGAAGGAGGAGAAGAUAGAAGAUGGAACAGAACUGUUGGGAGGUCCCUCUGGUGUCAAACACGGCUCAUGCUGACAGUCCUGUUAUUCCCCACAAUUACGUGCCCACCUCACAAGUAGCUGUGACUGACUCACUUUGGUCUCAGCCAAUGUCUGCUGUGGGUGCCGUGCUCAUUUCUCUCGAAAACUCAGG